GAUCGGAAAGCGGCGUGUGGUGUGAGACGCCGAGAGUCGCGGAUAGUGCAGCAGGUGCACCAUGAUCUGUCCGAAUGUCGGUGCGCGCUUAUCGGAAACAAUAAGACGGAGCAACACCUGUUUCGUGCGAUAAAGCGAGAUCUAGGAGCUCCGAGGAGCGGUGCGGGUGGCAUUCUGGCAUUAUCUGCUGCAAUAACACUAGCGAGGGCGCGAGGCCGCGACCCUGAGCCCGAUACGCUUUCAUAAAACGUUUCGGUAGCGGUAACGAAAUAGUGCGGCGGAACGGAUACGUGUCAAACUCGGUCCACGGAUAAGCGCCAAGUGGAGCAUCGUAGUGCACGGCUAUCUGCUAUCGUUUACAUUCGCGGAAAGGUCGAGAGUUCAUGAUCAUUAUUGCUGCUUUGAAACGAUGAUCUUACGAAGCGUUUGACGACGAUCUUUUUUUUUUUCUCCUCUUUGCCUGAUUAUCACUGCCGAACGAUCAAAAACUAUACUAAACCCAUAGUGGACGGGACGACGAAUUUUUCAACUUUUCUCUUUCUCCUCUCUCUCUCUCUGUCUCUCUUCCUCUCACUCUCUCUCUCUUUCUCCCUUUCUCCCUUCUCCACGUAUUUAUCGGAUUAUUUGGCUGACGAACGGAUAACCCAUCCAGGAUCGGCGUUAAGGAAGAAUUUGAGACACUCGAAGAUAGGGUUUUCGCGAGACCGUGCGUGAUUUGUUGUUAAUCGUGAUAAAUACUUGAAUAUAAAGAUGCCACUAUUCGGUAAGAAGGAUUCGAACAAGAAGAUCAAGAAGGACGGAAAAGAUGAUAAAUCGCCGCUCGUCGAGGACAAGUAUACCCUCAAUAGAUUACUUGGAACGGGUGCUUUCUCUGAAGUACGCCAGGCAGAAAGCAAAGACAAACCGGGUCAAAUGUAUGCCAUCAAAAUCAUUGACAAGAAAGCGUUGAAAGGGAAGGAAGACUCGUUAGAAAAUGAAAUUAGAGUGCUGAGAAGGUUACAACAUCCCAACAUUGUUCAGUUACUGGAAACAUUCGAGGACAAACACAAGGUGUACCUAGUUAUGGAAUUGGUCACUGGUGGUGAACUGUUUGACAGAAUUGUUCAGAAAGGUUCCUACACAGAGAAAGAUGCAUCGGGUUUGAUAAAACAAGUUCUAGAAGCUGUGGACUAUAUGCACGACCAGGGUGUCGUGCAUAGAGAUCUCAAACCUGAAAAUCUUUUAUACUAUAGUCCUGACGAAGACAGCAAGAUCAUGAUAAGUGAUUUCGGUCUGUCGAAAACGGAAGAUUCUGGUAUCAUGGCAACUGCUUGUGGCACUCCAGGAUACGUGGCUCCAGAAGUCUUGGCACAGAAACCGUAUGGGAAGGCUGUCGACGUGUGGAGCAUAGGAGUCAUCUCUUACAUCUUGUUGUGCGGCUAUCCACCAUUUUACGACGAGAACGAUGCGAACCUGUUUGCACAAAUCUUGAAAGGUGAAUUUGAAUUUGAUGCGCCGUACUGGGACAACAUCAGUGACUCGGCCAAGGAUUUCAUUCACAAGCUGAUGUGCGUCAACGUCGAGGAACGCUAUACGUGCAAGCAAGCCCUUGGUCACCCUUGGAUAUCCGGCAACGCGGCUAGCAAUAUAGACAUCCACGGUACUGUAUCGGAACAACUUAAAAAGAAUUUCGCCAAAUCAAGGUGGAAGCAAGCCUUCAACGCGACCGCGGUCGUACGGCAAAUGCAACGACUGGCGUUCAACAGCAGCGGCCAGCAACAACAGGAGCAAGGAAUGACAGGCCCCUCCAGCGGCAACCCCAUGCCUUACCCCGAUCAAUCGCAAUCCAACCCCACCAGUCACCAACAACCCAGACCAGUGGAGCCUCGAGCCAAUUGAAGGAGACACGCGAGCCACCGGUGCCGGUCGCAAGCUUGGUGGCCUCGAAUCCUCCAGCUCCCAUUCCGAUCACUACUCCGACAAAC